AUAAAACUGAUCCUAAAUGUAGUCAAUGCAGGGCUGUAGAAGAUAUUCUUGCGAAUAUUUGGGUUUGGGGUAAGGCGAAUGUGCGGACGAGCAGUGUCCGAUGCUAUUACAUAGAUCAGAGAAGCUUCUGCUCUUGUUCAGUCUGCAGCGCAGCAAGUGGGAGAAGUCAGGAGCCAGAAUUAAGUGGAAUCAACACAAUGGAGACUCCCUGUUCACUGUCUGCCAGUUAUGAAGGAUCGUUUGCAUAUUACACUGUUAAGGACCGAUUGCCACAGAUUCUUACAAAAGUGAUUGACACUAUACACCGGAAUAAAAAAAAGUUCUUUGAAGAAUAUGGGGAGGAAGGCGUCACGGCAGAAAAGAAGGCAAUAUCUAUCUUUUCCAAACUGCGUAAUGAGAUGCAGACAAAUAAGCCCAUUCUUCCGUUGACUGAUAACUGGCAGGACACAGACAUCUGGAACCAAUACCUGGACUACCAGAAGACACUUCUUGGCAAUGGUGAAGAUCCAAGCUGGUUCCGAUCUCCAUGGCUGUAUGUGGAGUGUUAUCUCUACCGCAGAAUCCAGGAGGGAAUAUCAUUCAGCCCUCCAAUCUCCAAGUAUGAUGUCUUCAGGGAUGUGAAGAAUGAAAGCUUCUUUCAGUCUCAGCAAGCAAUGAUGGCCCUCUGCACUCAUCUACAGGAGCUUAAAAAGACCAUUGCCAGCCUCAGCAAAGAACAGCGCCAAGAGGAGUUCUAUAGACUACUGCAGGUCUCCUUAUGGGGAAACAAGUGUGACCUUUCUAUUUCUGGAGGUCAGGACAACUCUCAGAAAUCCAGUAUUCUUGCUUCUCUGGAGUCCCUCAAAUCAUUUAUAUUGGUGGAUAACAUGGAGUCUCUCUGGAACACCCUCACAAAGGGGAAGGAUGCCGGCUCGGAGAACGCCUUAAAGACCAGGGUCGACAUUGUUCUGGAUAAUGCCGGAUUUGAGCUAGUAACAGACUUCAUUUUAGCUGAUGCCAUUUUGUUUUUUAACCUGGCCACUGAAGUUCAUUUUCAUGGCAAAUGCAUACCUUGGUUUGUUUCAGACACCACAAAGCAUGACUUUGAUUGGACAAUCCAACAGUUCCUGGCAGUUAAUCACAAGUGGAUGUCAAAGUGUGGUCAGACAUGGAAGGAGAAUCUGAAGAAGGGUUCCUGGGUCUAUCACGAGAAUCUCUUCUGGACUCUGCCACAUGAGUUUUGGAGCAUGGAGAAAAUCGCUCCAGAUCUGUACACAGAGCUGAAAAAGUCUGAUUUGAUUUUAUUUAAAGGAGAUCUGAACUACAGGAAACUCACUGGAGACCGGAAAUGGGACUUCACUGUUCCAUUUUCUCAAGUACUAAAAAGCUUUCACCCUGCACCGCUGUGCAGCAUCAGAACUCUAAAAGCUGACAUACAAGUAGGAUUACAAGCCGGGAUUGGGGAACGGCUUAGUGCUUCAGAAGAAAACUGGAUGGUAUCUGGGAAAUAUGGAGUUAUCCAGUUUAGCUAAACGAUGUAAUGGAGUAACUACAACCUUGAAAUGACUGUCAGUAAAUUAAAUGAAUUCAAAUAGA